AUGAAGUCGAACACGCCUUUUCACUGCAACUGCGACUGUGUGCUGUAAGUAUAAUAGAAGAAUAGAAAGCUUUGUGGACACAACGUUGACAGAGCCAUGGUUCUUCAAGCCAAAUCUUGGGUCCUGAAGCAGCACUUUGAGGGCUUUCCCAAAGUCAGCGACUUCCAGCUGAAUGAAGAGCAGCUCCCUGAGCCCAGAGAUGGAGAGGUUCUUCUGGAGGCUCUGUUCCUUAGUGUGGAUCCUUACAUGAGACCGUUCAGUCGUGUUCGAAUGCAACCUGGAGACGUGAUGAUCGGAACUCAAGUGGCCAAGGUGAUUCAAAGCAAUAACCCAUCAUUUCCUGUGGGCUGCCAUGUGCUUAGUCGAUGCGGAUGGAGAACACAGACAGUUUCAGAUGGGAGUGACAUCACACGAGUCUUGGCUGACUGGCCUCAGGAUGUCCCCCUCUCCCAUGCCCUCGGAGCCAUAGGCAUGCCAGGGCUGACUGCACUCUAUGGUUUGGAGGAAGUCUGUGCCAUCAAACCAGGUGAAACCUUACUGGUGAAUGCAGCUGCAGGGGCAGUGGGCUCUGUAGCAGGUCAGAUUGCCAAACUUAAAGGUUGCAAGGUUGUGGGUUCAGCUGGUAGUGAUGACAAGGUGGCAUACCUGAAAGAGCUGGGCUUUGACCAGACGUUCAACUACAAGACUGUCUCCUCACUGGAGGAAGCACUGAAGAACGCUUCACCUGAAGGAUAUGACUGCUACUUUGAGAAUGUGGGUGGUCAUUUUUCAAGUGUUGCUAUUUCACAAAUGAAGGCUUUUGGACGAAUUGCAGUGUGUGGAGGAAUAUCACUGUACAAUGACACAAUCCCUCAGACCGGCCCUUAUCCACACCUUCCCAUGAUUUUUAAGCAGUUGAAAAUGGAAGGUUUCUUGGUGGGCAGGUGGGAGCAUAAAAAUGAAGAGUCACUAAGGCGAAUGUUGACCUGGAUGCAAGAGGGAAAGCUCAAGUGUAGAGAGCAUGUUACAUAUGGGUUUGAAAACAUGCCUGCUGCUUUCAUGGGGAUGCUCCAAGGGGAAAACAUCGGGAAAGCUAUUGUUAAAGUCUUUCAGUAGUUUGCCCUUGUAACAACAAUGCUGCCUCUUCUGUUAGGAAUUCUGCAUUAAUAAGUAAUCUUUUCCAUGUUGUGUGUUUUACUGUUCAAUGUCAAGUGCUUUAUUUUGUUUUCUAAAUAAAAGUCUUU